CAGAGGGAGUGAUGGGCCGUGGGAAAGAGGUCCUUGUUGCUGCCAAGGGAUCUGCUUCUUCGUCGAAAGGCGGGAAAAAGAAGUGGAAAGGUCCAAAGGGCAAGCAUGAUCAUGAGGCUAGUGGGAGCGGUAAAGCCAAAGUAGAUGGCCCUACCGGCGGCGUGAACAAGCCAACGGGCAAGGGAAAGUGCUUCAAAUGCGGCAAGGUUGGGCAUUGGAAGAAAGAUUGUCCAGUGCUCAAGGCAAAGGGACAAGGGCUUCAAGCCAACAAGGGAGCUAGCAAGUGAUGAGAUCACCAUCUCCAUGGGCAAUGCGUCGAAGGUCG